AUGUCCCUCGGGGCCUUCUUGCAGGAUGACAACUAUGGCGGAUCCUGGGCCGAUGAAGUCGAGGAGGUUGUUGGCUCUCAGCCUCUUCCUCCCGCCACCCAUGGUCGCUCUGGUCCGUCCGGCUACUCCAGCUACGGCGGCUUUGAGCGCUCUGAGCGCAGCUAUGCUCCCCGUGAUUCAUUCCCCACGGAGCUCCCUACACGCCCUCCCUACACUGCCCACUUGGGCAACCUUUCAUACGAUGCGACUACCGAGACUGUCACCGAAUUCCUCGAGGGCUGCGAUGUUACCAGUGUCCGGAUCAUUGAGGACAGAAUCGAGCAGCGCCCCAAGGGAUUUGCUUACGCUGAGUUCAAGGACGUUGAGGGAUUGAAGCAAGCUCUCACUUUGGACGGCCAGACCUUCCAGGGUCGUAGCAUCAGAAUCAAGAUUGCUGAUCCUCCCAAGGACCGCAAUGAUCGCGCAGACAGAGAGGGCUCUGCUCGUGACCUUUCCAGCUGGGACCGCAAGGGACCUUUGCCCGAUCUUCCUGGACGCAACGACCGCCGGGACUUCAGCGAGCGCCGUGGUCCUCCCCGGGAUGGCCCCAUCGAUGAUGGCAAGAGCCGCGACUUUGGCAACUGGGAGCGCCGCGGCCCGCUUUCUCCCUUGCCUCAGGCAGAGGGAUCUGCAUCCCGUGAGAGCAGUCGCCCUCGCAACAACGACGCCAGACGCACGGAUUCCUUCCGUGGUGACCGACGAACCUCACCCGCUACUUGGGGCGAGGGCCGACAGGAGGGCUCGCGACCUCCUCGUGGAGAGUUCAGAGAGCGCCCUGAGCGCCCCGAACGCCCCGAGCGCGUUCCUACUGCUGCAGAGCUUGACAACCAGUGGCGCAGCAACAUGAGACCCGAUCGUCAGACCCCAGAGCAAUCCGCUGCCCCGAGUGAGGCUCCAUCGCCGGCUGGACCGGCUGGUCGUCCCCGACUCAACCUGGCCAAGCGUACCGUCUCCGAAGCACCUGGCGUUGCAUCACCGCCUCCCAACUCGGCGGCUGACUCCAAGUCCAACCCCUUUGGUGCUGCUCGCCCUAUUGAUACGGCUACCAAGGAGCGUGAGAUUGCUGAGAAGCAGGAGCAGAAUGCUCGCGAGAAGAAGGAGGCCGAGGAGCAGGCCAAGGAAGAGCGACGUCUUGCAAAGGAGGCUGCCGCCAAGGAGGCCGAGGCUCAGGCCGAAGCCGCUGCCAAGGCAGCAGAGGAGAAGGCAAACGCCCCUGCCGCCGAGGUACAGGAUGCUGCUUCAGAGACACAGGAUGCUGCCGGUGCCGCUUCAGGUGAACAGAAGAUUCCGUCGAGACCACGUGAGCAAGUCCAGAACCCUCGCUCACGCGCUGCAGAGGCCGGAAACUGGAGGUCAGCCUCUGGUGAGACCCGUACUGCACGUGGCGGUUACCAGAACGUCCCUCGAGGCGGCCGAGGUGAAUCCCGCGGUGGACGCGGUGACCGUGGCGGACGUGGAGGUCGCUUUGAGGGAGGCCGCCCUCCUCGCGCCAAUGGCAAUGCACCGGCACCGGCUGCUGCACAGCAAGAGACUCCCGCCACACCUACCACACCGUCAGCCCCUGAAGCUCCUGCUGACCCCGAGGGCUGGACUACUGUUCCCGCCAAGGGAAGACGCAACCAGAGCACCCGCGCUUAG